AUGUCACGUGUUAAGAGGAAGAAAAUUGUGUUUCUGACCAAGAAAGAAUUGGCGGAGGCUAUGGCCGACUACACGGCCACUCUCUCCACCAAGUUCUGCAAAGAGAGAGACUAUUUCACCGUCGUUCUCUCCGGCGGUGACCUCAUCUCUUGGCUCUCUGAUUUGUUGGAACCAAAGUACCUUGAAAGCAUCGAGUGGUCAAAGUGGCACAUCUUCUGGGUCGAUGAGAGGGUUGUUCCAUGGGACGAUAAGGACAGCAAUUACAAACUCGCCAUCGAUGGUUUUCUCUCUAAGGUUCCGAUUCCAAUUGCGAACAUAUAUGCAAUCGAUCAAGACUGUGCGGCCCUUGGUGAUGCCAAGGGCGCAGCAUUUCUCUACGAGAAGUGCAUCAAAAGAUUGGUGAAUCAAAACAUAAUCCGCACAUACAAAUCCUCGGGAUUCCCUCAAUUCGAUCUCCAACUCCUAGGGAUGGGUCCGGACGGUCACAUGGCGUCUUUGUUCCCGGGACACUAUCAGAUCAAGGAAAAGGCAAAUUUGGUAACUUAUAUUAUUAAUUCACCAAAACUGCCACCAAAGAGAAUCACCUUUACUUUACCGGUCAUUAAUUGUGCUUCCUACAACCUCAUGGCCGUAUGUGAUGAGGCUCAGGCCGAUGCGGUCGCAAAGGUUUUCGAAGAUAAUUACGACUUGCCUGCUGCUAGGCUCACAGCUGAUACAGAAGCCAUCUGGUAUCUCGACCAAGCCGCUGCGUCCAAGCUCCCAAUAGGACAUUGA